CUCCAGCCGCGCCAAACAUGCACAAUACCGGCGCAAGGCCACCUCCAGUCUGACCACGCAGCUCAGCCGGCCGACGGGACCUCCACGCUCCGGACGACGCCGCCGCCACCGACGACGACGACGACGACGACGACGUCGACGACGCGCUGUACUCCUACUCUCCAGAUCGUGUUUUGCUUUAUCAGUUAGCCAGUCGAACAGCCGAGGACACUAUUAGUCUUAAGGGACUCAUAGCGUGCCAGUAGUGCCUGAGCAGCCGCGUCGGUUUUCUUCGCGAAAUGUUUUCAGAUCGUGAGGUUUAGGAGCGCCUGUUCAACUGCAACCCUUCGUGCAGCCCUGCUUCGACGAUUGCAUAGACAGAUGUGCGCGCCGCCCGCGGUGUGCUGCGUGCUGGCGGGCGUGGCGCUGGCGCUGGCGGUGGCGCGCGGCCAGGCCGGCGGCGCCUCCCGCUACCGCUGGACCAUCCCCAAGGAGCAGAUCUUCAGCGACAACAAGGUCAUCCCGUUCGACCAGCAGGUCUCCGAGUUCCUCUACAAGGGCGAGACCAAGAUGUUCUUCCUGGUGAAGAAGAAGCGUGAGGGCCCACUGUCCAUCACGGUGACGCCGUGCACCUCCAGCCUCCUCUGGUCGGUGGGCUACCGCAACGUCAGCAAUGACACCGAAAUGGGCGACCCCGAGCCGGAGCAGUCGCUGGGCGAGUACCGCGGCCGGCAGCUGCGCACGCUGCAGGUGCGGCCCGCGGCGCCCGGCCUGUACACGGUGCGCGUGGCGCCGCUCGAGGGCCAGUCGUACGUGAUGCUGUACGCGACGCAGCAGCCGGGCGGGCCCGGGCCGCUCUCCGUGCGCCAUAAGCCGCGCCUCAAGCUGCAGCGGCGCCAGCGCCGCAAGGGACUCACCGUGCGCUGGGAGCCCAGCUCGGUGGACCCGCACCUGAUGCACUACUGCCUGGUGGUGAACCCGCGGCGACACUACUCGACGCUGUGUGAGGCGCGCGGUGAGCGCUACGGCGUCAUCCCGCCAGACGCGCCGGAGCCGGCGGACGGCGCGCCGGUGGGCUUCAACUUCCCGCACGACGUCGCCGGCGCCACCAAGGCGUCGCUCGCCAGCAAGGCCGAGCGGCACAACGCCAGCCGCCUCGGCCGCGGCUCGGGCGCAGAGACGCACGAGGACAUAGUUGUGACGUGCGUGGGCCACAAGACGCAGUACACGCUGUGCCACCUGCAGCACGGCAAGGUGUACCACGUGAACCUGUUCGCCGUGAACAAGCGCACCAAUCUGAGCUUCCCGUACGGCAGCACGACGCUCAAGUACGAGCAACGCGCCCGGCCGGUCGCGCUCAGGGACGGAAAGCGCGCCAGCGUCAACCUGCGACACCUCGACGGCCGCGCCUCCUUCAAGUUCAAGGUGGGGCGCAACCCGGGCCCGCAGCUGGUGGCGUACGUGAUGGCGUGCGGCGGCGGCUCGGUGGACGUGCGCAUGCGCGUGGACGGCCAACAGGCGGGCGGGCGCACCCGCGUCGACGGGUACGCGCGCCUCGAGCUGGGCCAGCCGCUCAAGGGACAGCGCUACACGCUACAAGUGGCCGCGCCCCACCGAGAGGAGCUGCGCCGCGUGCACGCCGUCGAGGUGCUGGCGACGACGCGGCCGGAGCGGUUCCCGCUGGUGGAGCUGCCGCCGCGGCCGCAGCUGCACGAGUACGAGUCGCUGCGGCGCUGCCGCUCGGUCACCGUGGGCUGGCUGCCGUCGCCCAGCGCCGCCUCCAGCGCCCAGCCGCUGCGCUACUGCCUCAGCGUGCGCGAGCGCGCGCACGCCGACGACGAGCUGGCGCCGCGCCCCAACCAGUGCGCUCUGCGCCGCGCGCCCGCCACGCAGCCCCUCUCCAGCACCUGCCGCGAGGGGGAGACCACCGCCAACAGAGCGAGUAAUGUGACCACACAUGAAGUCACUGGCCUAGAACCAGGUCGCAGUUAUGUGGUUCAGCUCACAGUGCAACGGCCAGGUGGACGACCUCUCUCAUAUGAUCUUCUGCCAGUGCGCACCACAACAGAAUGUCUACAAUAAGUUUAUGUGUGCAUUCUCUUGCAGCUAUCAACUUAUGUAAGAAUGAUAACAGAUGAUGUUGUGAAUGUAGCAGGAAUGUCUGUACCUGGACUCUUACCUUUCCAUGUAAGGAAACAUUUAAGACUAAAUAUUAUAAGAGGCUAUGGACAUAACAGGUAUAGGGCCUUCAUAUAUUUGCUGCUCAAGAUAUGUACUGUCUUAGUGGCAUGAGUUUGUAUGUGAAUCAUUUGAUAAUUUAAUUUUGUUGAAGUAUUAUUUCUAUUAGUUAAGAUCAAACCAAUGUUGAAUUGUAGACUGCGCAAUAUUUAUAUUCUAGGCACAGUUAGUUAAGUCCGUAUUUUCUGACCAUGUUUGAUACAAUAUUGAUUAGAUUUGUUAUGUAAUAGGAAUUUAAUUUCCAAGUAUGUGCCAAUAACUAAUAAGCUUCUGCAAUAUUACAUAUAGAAUCCAG